AUGUCGCUCCGCCAUAAUGACAUCGAGCCCAGCACCUCCCCCCCGCCCCCCUUCCCCCAUUCAAUCGUCCACAUCCCCGCCCAGUUCCAUUCCAUGACCGCCGGCGCCGGGGCCGGUCUCGUCUCUUCCAUCGUCACAUGCCCCCUCGACGUCGUCAAGACACGCCUGCAAGCACAGGCGAUAUCGAGGACUGCAGAAAACUACGAGUCGGUGGGGAUGAUUGUCAGGAAUAUAUGGUCUUCGAGCGGCUUUAAGGGGUUUUACCGGGGCCUGGGUCCGACGCUGGCAGGCUAUCUGCCGACGUGGGGGAUCUACUUUACAGUCUACGAUAUGGUCAAGGACAGGAUGGGAGGAUGGGCAGUGGAUAAUGACUUGCCGAUAGCAGGCUCUUUCGUCCACAUCAUAGCAGCCAUGUCAGCAGGGGCCACUGGCACCAUCAUGACAAGCCCUCUAUGGGUGGUCAAGACCAGGUUCAUGGCUGGUCUGCCUUCGCAUCACACACGGUAUAAGAACACCUUGGAAGCUAUAGCAGACAUAUAUCGGCACGAAGGGCCAAAGGCAUUCUACAAAGGAUUAUUACCAUCCCUCAUGGGUGUCAGCCACGUCGCUGUGCAGUUUCCCCUGUAUGAAAAGGCCAAAUCUUGGGCCGAAGGCAGUCAUCUAUCAUUACCGCCUUCCACCAUCCUCUUGUGCUCUGCAUUCUCCAAAAUGGUCGCAUCCCUGGCUACAUACCCCCACGAAGUCCUACGUACCCGCCUCCAAAUUCGGAGAUCACACAGGGCCCCUCCCUCUCCCUCCCCCGCCCCUUCCACUCAGCCCUCCCAUAAACCGAUAGCUACGCCCUCAUCGCUGGGAAGAAUCACAGGUCCCGAGCCUCCCUUACCCAGAAUAGCAGAAGGGCCCAAGCCACCCUGGCAGUUUUGGCAUAAUCCGAAGGAGGGAGGGGUGAUAGACACGAUGUUUACGAUCAAGAAGCAAGAUGGGUGGAGAGGGUUCUACAGGGGGUUGUCUAUCAAUUUGGUCCGGACGGUACCGUCAAGCGCCGUGACUAUGCUCACGUACGAACUCAUCAUGCGUAGAUUGUCAUCACCCACAUCAUAA